AUCAGGGGAACAAUCAGCACAUGGCAUAGGCGAAUCCCGCUCCAGCCCUUUACAGCCACGAGCAAGCAUCAGUCAAGUACUUGUACAGCAAAUGUAAGUGUACAUGUACAAAGCCAUCAUCACUAAAAACAAACAAACGCUCCAACCCUUCUCUCUCUCUUCAUUCACAAAUCAACUCAACUCAAUCCAAAUUCCCCCCCCCUCAAAACUAAACCAACUCACAAGAUUGAAUUCAAAUCCCCCCGAUGCCGAUUCCCAAAAAAAGAACAAGAACCCAACCCAAAACGGGUCUCCAGACACGAGGUGCGUGUGGAACCCUCCCCCAUCCCAAGCUUGCCAAGCUAAUCAACUUCCAGCAAAAGAAAUCAACCAGAAAAAAAACCUGUUAGCUAAGAUAGCCAGCCGCACCCGCGGACGGACUGUUUUCUCCAUCCUCAAAUACGAGCUCCGAGCUUUGGUGACUUUUUUUUCUUUACUAAACUUGGCCUUGGGUGCGCUUUGUAUUUUGCAGGGGGGGACUAAGGUAGUGUCAUACUGCAGGCUCCGGCAAAAAUAUCCGGACAGACAAAGACAAAAGAACAUCAAAUCCAUUUGACAGGCGGGCGACUUACACUGCAUGAAAAGAACUUGUCUGUCAUUCGAAUUGCUCCGCAUCAGCUGCCUACUUUUUUUCUCGUGCUACGUACGGACUAAAUUAGCCCUCCAACGUCUGCAUCUAAGAAUGGUCUUGAAUUAGCAUGCUCUACUAAACUGAGCCAAAGACUCCUUUUCAUUACCCCAUGUUCCCGAUCAUCGCGAUCGGCAAGCCAUCGCUCGUGUUCCCCGUGCUCGCUAUCCCGCAUCGCUUAAGACACUUGGAC